AUGGAUCUCAAGGAGAGGAAUGAGAUGAUUUUCCUUGUACGCCCCCCCACGAGCACUCGAGGUGCUGGUGCCGCUUCAGCUGCGCCAACCUCCGAGGUCGCCGCGGACGGAAGCUGACGGGGGUCAAUCCAAGUCAUGCAGGUGGUACGAAAGACAGGGUCUUGGCUCUUGCGGUCUUGGGGUUGGCCACCGACGCCCAGGGUCGUGGCCGGGGCGCCAGCCUCCACCAUCCACACCGGCGCCCAGCAGCUGCAAGACGCGGCGGCCAAGCAGGAGGUUGAGGAGAAGGCGGCGGCGGCGGCUCCGCUUUCGAGCCGCAGCAGCUUCAGCAUUUACCCUCCAGUUCCAGGACAGGAGAGCCCUCUGAGGUGGGCAGGGAAGAAAUUCGAGGAGAUCCCAAUCGCACACAUCAAAGCAUCCUACAACAACACACAGAUCCAGGUGGUCUCCGCCGCUCACCAGCCCCUCGCCCGCACUUCCUGUGGCACAGAGGGAUUCCGGAAUGCCAAGAAGGCCACGGGCAUCGCCGCACAAACAGCAGGCAUAGCUGCCGCGGUGAAAGCUGCAGGCAAGGGCGUGACACACGUCCGAGUGGUGGUGAAGGGCCUGGGCCCAGGGCGCUUGUCUGCCAUCAAGGGACUCACCAUGGGGGGCCUGGAAGUGAUCUCAAUCACAGACAACACUCCCAUCCCACACAACGGCUGCCGCCCCAGGAAGGCUCGGAGGCUGUGAUGGAAAGGAAGCCUGUCCCUGAACUGUCCUCAAGUCCCAUCUCCAGCUGGACGUCAUGGCGGAGCUCUCUCUGG